UAAGACCUGGUUGAGCCGUUUUUCCCACAACGUCGUUUCGUUUAUGUUGUUGACGUUACCCAGUUCCCUACACACAGAAGAUUUGCAGAUUUGCGGUCCCAAAUUCCCCCACCAUGGCGCCUCAGGGACACACAGCCACAAGUGAUACUGUGGAUCAUUUUUGUAAGUCCCAGUAGUCCCGUAACCUGUAGAGGUUCUUCUCCCGGAAAAGACCUGUCAAGGCGAUACCGGUACAGGCAUCAGCAGUUCGAUGGAUGAGCUUUUUGGGGGGCUAGAGCUAGGAGAGCAGCUGUCUCGUCUCGUAAAAGAGAAUAGUGGAGGUGUGUCGAUUUUCGGAGCCCAAAGAAUGCAGACAGAACCUACAGGAGACAUGUACAGUGUACACGAUGUAACUGCAGACGCGAAUGCAAACAUGGAUUAGAAAAGUUGUCCACGGAAGUACCCAAGUGAGUGAAGCACGGAUAUAUUUUGUCUUUGACGGACGGACUCUAACUUCCUCUUUUGAUAAUUCUACAAGAGGAAACUACAUGGAUAUUUCUAUAGGGUGACGAACCACUGGGCGCGGCAUAAUUCCAAUUAUCCAUCUUGAUA